GAAAGGUUUCCACGAGAGAACGACGGGCGACGAUGUUCGAUGUCCAAUUACGCUACAGCUAAAAGUGGCUAGAUCAGUCGCUAAGCCGGAUGCGGUUGGUGGGCGAGCUUGUGUGAAGCAUCCCAUCCUGUCUGGUGCACAACUCGAUGAUGCCCUCAGUCACUUUAUAACUGCAAUUGGCGCCCCUAUACCACGAAGUUCGCCAUGGCUUUGAGGAUAUCGAACUCGAGGUCGCUGGCCGCAGCUCUACGGUCAAGCCGGACUGUCCUGGCGCGACGGAACGAUUGUCACGCUGCCGUUCGGGCUUUCUCGUCCACCCAACAUACCCAAAUCGUCGUAUCUCCAGAUACGCCCAACAUGCGACACGCUCAGAGAGCGCCCGAUCCACCUGAGGGACUUCAUGCUCCCAUAGUCAACCCUGCCGACAAGUAUGCCUCCAAGGCAGAUGACCUGCAUCGUUAUGGGUCUUGGCUCAUGGGCUGUUUGCCAAAGUAUAUCCAGCAAUUUUCUGUUUGGAAGGACGAGCUGGUCAUCUACAUUUCGCCUGCUGGUGUCACUCCAGUCUUCUCUUUUCUCAAAUAUAGCACCGGUGCCGAGUUCACCCAGGUCUCCGAUAUUACAGCCGUCGACUUCCCCACUCGAGACCAGCGUUUUGAAGUCGUUUACAAUCUAUUGAGCGUCCGCCACAACUCCAGAAUCCGCGUCAAGACCUAUGCAGAUGAGGCCUCUCCCGUCCCCAGUAUUACAGACCUGUAUGACGGCGCGAAUUGGUACGAGCGGGAGGUUUACGACAUGUUCGGGGUCUUCUUUGUUGGUCACCCAGAUCUCCGACGAAUUAUGACCGACUAUGGCUUUGAUGGUCAUCCUUUGAGAAAGGACUUCCCUCUGACAGGCUACACCGAGAUCCGAUACGACGAGGAGAAGAAGCGCAUUGUUGUGGAGCCUUUGGAGUUGACACAGGCAUUCCGAAAUUUCGAGGGUGGAACAGCAGCGUGGGAGCAAGUUGGACCUGGUGUCGACAGAAAGCCCGAGACCUUCAAGUUGCCAACAGCAAAGCCCGAAGAAAAGAAGGAGGAGCCGAAGAAGUAGACUCGACGGUUUGUAUGUAUAUAAGCUUGUGUCAAUAUACGCGUGUUUCAUGAGCUCCAACAUACCUAGCCAUGAUGCUGUUAGAGUGGGAUCAUUUACUGUCCUGCUAUUCCUUGAGUUGAUGAUCGAGUGUGAUGCUGUCCACGACUACGACGGCAAGACUAGAAGUGGAUUGCAUUGAAUGACCUCUGCUACACCUUCCUAGUCGGUUGGCUUUGUGCUCAUUAUGUCGUGUUAUCCGGUGGGUUUCGAUCACACGUCCUUGAGCAUGGAAAAUAUUCCGAAUUGAGGCUCGUGCUAUCCUUAGUCAGUGCUCGCAGCAGUUAAGUUAGUGGUACUCAAUCUGCUAAAGUUUCUUUGGGUAGUGGCUUGCAGCACAAUUGAUAAGUUCCAUUGCUAUCAUAAUUAUGCUGCCUCUAACAAGCUUGUUUGCUUAUGGAGCCAUACAAGCGUUAUAUCUCGCUUGAUUUAUGUUCCCCAAUUGAGGGAAUCAAAUCUAAUCCUGCAAUAAUGGAGACACAGAGAUCAUUUGCUCACGUUUUAUCCUAGUCAUCGGCGAGUGGCUGAUUCCUUUGUUUGAGGUAUUUUGCCAUCCCCGAGACAAAGUCGGAAAAUAUCACACAGAUCGAGGAGUGAAAUCACAAGAGGUUCUUAG